AGCGGGCGCAGUGCGGAGCCACCGCUGGAGAGCGCGGAACGGGCUGCCGCCGCGCCGGGGUCCAGGAGCGCACGCCGCGCCGGCGGGGGACAGCGCGCCGCGGGAGCAGCCUUCCCCGGGCACCGGGACCUGCUGUUGGCUUGCCGCCUUGCUUUAUCCUCUCGUUUAAUUUAUUUUUCCCCACCUAUACUUUGAUCCGCUGGGAUUUUUUCCCCCCUGCAGAGCCUCCCCCCGCCCCAGUUCCCUCCCUCUCUAGCCAGUUUGGAUUUUUUUUUUUUAUAUUACUAUUCUGAUUUUUUUUUUUUAAGCGGUGGGCAGACAGGCAGAGAGAGGAGGAAAGCGCUCUGUCCGUCCUCUCCGCCACCACCACCGCGACUUGCGGAGAGGGGUCGGGCCGAGCGGCGGCAGGAUCAGCCCUUUACCCCCGGGGAGGCGACCCCGGGAAGCCGCCGGAGGCAGUGGCCGCGAAGAGGGGGAUCAGUAAAAGAGAUGCAUUGAAACUUUCCGCCUAAACUUUGGCGUGAGUGCGCGAAACCGAGCGAGCGCGGCGCGGGUGCUUUCCUGCCCCGGCGCGGGGAGAAGCGGCGGCGGACGGACGGGCGCCGCUGUGGAGCUCGGACUGCCCGGCGGCGGGGGCCGGGCGGCGGCGGGGCGGCCGGGAAGCCUGCGCUCGGCCCGGCGGAGCGACCACCAAAAGCAGCAGCAGCAGCAGCAGCAGCAACAGCCGGGGCUGGCGGGGAGCCGGCCUUAUGGAGGGGUGAAACAGGAGAUCCUGAAGAGGAACCCCACUUUCCCCGGAGCUCCUGGCAGCGCUCGGUCGGCAGUACCCCAGGAGGCGGCGGUGGGCACGGAGGAAGCGCGGGCAAGAGCGCGGAGGAGCGGCUGCGGCGGCGGGGCGGCGACGAGGCGGGGAGCGGCGAGCCCCGCUCCGCGACGUGCGCCGGCAACCAUGAACUUUCUGCUCACUUGGAUCCACUGGGGGCUGGCGGCGCUGCUCUAUCUGCAGAGCGCGGAGUUGUCGAAGGCUGCUCCUGCCCUGGGGGAUGGGGAGCGGAAACCCAAUGAAGUUAUCAAAUUCCUGGAAGUCUACGAGCGCAGCUUCUGCAGGACAAUUGAGACCCUGGUGGACAUUUUCCAGGAGUACCCUGAUGAGGUGGAGUACAUAUUCAAGCCAUCCUGUGUGCCUCUGAUGAGAUGUGCAGGUUGCUGCGGCGAUGAGGGCCUAGAAUGUGUCCCUGUGGAUGUGUACAACGUCACAAUGGAGAUCAUGAGAAUUAAACCCCAUCAGAGUCAGCACAUAGCGCACAUGAGCUUCUUACAGCACAGUAAAUGUGACUGCAGACCAAAGAAAGAUGUCAAAAACAAACAAGAAAAGUGGGCACAGAAACCCAGAUCUGACGGUCCUUCCUUCAUACCCCAGACCUGGAGCUUGCAUGAUCCAUGGCCAUGGCAGCCAUUCCUAAUGCUUUGUCCUGAGUCAGGGAAGUCCCGCCGUAUGUGUCCUACCAGAAUGGAUUCAAGGUGCAGCCUCCAUUCUCCCUUCCCUCUUCCUGGGGUGUUCCUGGUUACUGCAAAUUGCUGUCCUUCUUUAUUAUUAAUUUUUUCUUGCUGCUUGAGUGAGUACUUGCUGGCUUCUUUCACAGCAUCUUGGGUAGGAAGUCUGCUGGCUACAGGGAGAAGUGGCAGUAGAGGCCUGGUGGAGGCAGGACUGAUGCCAUGCAGGAUGUCAUGCUGGUUUUGUUUGGGUGGGGGCCCAGGAGAGUGUAAAGGGAGCUGGAUAUCCUAGCUGGGUCUUGAUGAAGGCUUUCAUGGAGUUUUUUUUAAUCUGAUGGAUUUUCUCUGGUGACUUGAGGGAGGUUAAGUCACAACCUUCCAUUUCCUUCCUCCCCAAAAUAAAAAUGUUGUGGAAAGUAGAGAAAUAAGCUCUUAUCCUGCAGUAUUUGUGGGAGCGAUCACAAAAUGUGGAGCAACAUCAAAAAGAAAGUGUGGCCUCUCUGGGCAAGAAGGUCAUGUGUACUGCUCAUGGUUGGGAUAGUGACUCAACCAUUAAGAGGUGCAGAGCUGGAGAGGAAGGGGGUGAAUACUGAGCGAUGAGGCUGAAACGGAAACAGAGAGAGCAAGUGGGAGAGUGAGAGAACUUUUUUCACCCCUGUCCUGGUGGUUAUAUAUUUCUAGCUGCCUUCCAGCCUCUUCUCCUCCCUCUGGAAGUCUGCUCUUGGCUGCAUUGAGCUGCAUGCAGCCAACACUUCUCUUUGUGCAGGGCCAUGUCGGGGACGGUCAGUCUGCGUGGCUCUGUGGUUUGGAGGUGUGCGAGAGUUGGGUCUGUGUGAACUCUGGUGAGGAUGGGGUGUGGGUGAAGCAGCCAGCCCAGACUGUGUUGCAUUCCCUUGCCUCUUCUAACAGCACCUUGCCUGCUCUUUACUGGUUCUGCACUCCCCUGGGAAGGAAGGGGAGGGGUAGGAGAGAUUGGUGUACUUUGAUUUGUGCUGAAUUGAAAGUCCUGUUAUAUUGGUGCCCCUCUCCUCCCUUCAGGUUGAUUUUCUUCCCCUCACCGCCUCCCUGUGACUCCUGACUUGUAGGGCAGAGGCUGGGAGUGAGCUGAUGCUGACACUCCUUCCAGUGAGACGACUUGGACAGGGCCUAAGAAACACCUGUGGAUCUUUCCCUUUUAUCCUCCCUGUGUCCCCUUGACAGCUCCCUCCUGAAGUGGGCUGCACCAAGGAAGGAGGGAGCCUUUGCUGAACUGCCACAGCGCGGGGGCUCACUUGCCUGACAAGCCUGGGUGCUUUUCCUUGCAUGUCUCUCCCUUGGUCCUGUGCUAAUUUGGCUCAAGGAGCAGCGCAGGCUCCAGCCUCCCUUCCCCCCUCCCUCCCUCCCUCUGUUCUCAGUGUCUUGUAGGGAUCCAUAGUUAGUGUCCAGACCUGCACAUCCUAGCCCCUACCUGUCCCAGCCCCUGCCCAAGAGUCAGAAGCAACUGGUGUAUUUUUCAGCAGAGAGUCAGUUUCUUGGCUCCAUCCAUUCAUCUCUCUGGAAGGUCCACAUGGAAGGUGAGGGGAGGGAGCGAGGGGGGGAAAGGAGGGAAGAUCUGAAAGCUGCGUGUUGGUUAUAUCCUGGGUUCCAUAACAAGACCAGGCCUCCCUCUUUCCCCUUUGGUUCUCAGGAUUGAGGCUGCCACAGAGGGUGUUAGCAGACAUCCAGCAAGGUCUCCAGGAGUCCUCUGCCCCACAGGUGGGAGGUGGGGUGGAUAAGGAGAGCCUUGGGGCUAAGCAGCCUUCUCUCACACAGUACUGCUGUGUGGACCAGGUCUCUCCCAUUUUCUGUGGGGUGCUGAGGCCGGGGCCCCUUUGUUCACAUGCCAAGGCAGGAUUACCACCAGUCUGUCAGGAGUUGUUGGAGCUUGGCUGCCCCCAUCCUAGGCAUGAUGGUGGGCAGUGUGUCAGGUCAGAGAGGUUUCCUUUUCCCUGGGAGAGCCCCUCCACUCAGGUUGCCUCUUGUCAGUCAGCGUGCGCCUGUGCUUGUCACCUGCAGCAGUUGUCUGCACUCACUGCGGUUGCGUGAUGCUCUCACCAAGCU